AUGAUCAAAUCCUUCCGCCGAAGCAAGCGGCUGCUGAACCUGCUGCUGACGACGCUGCCCAAGCACCUGAUUCUGCGGGUCUCGCUGGCGUCCCACGAGGCGGCCGAUUUCGUCAACUCCUCGCCAACAAAGGUGAUCAAGGCCUUGUACGAUUACCGACCCCAGGGCCCCAAGGAGCUCCAAUUCGAAAAGGGCGACUUCUUCCAUGUUUUGGAGGCGCCGCUGGAGGUCGACCAGCACGGCUGGUACGAGGCGACGAACCCGAUGACCAACCAGCGGGGCAUGGUGCCGAAACUGUACUUUGAGGUGUUCAAUCGAACGGGCCACGCCACCCAGGCGGGUCUGACGGGCCAGGCGGGGCUGGCGGGUCUGGCGGGGCCCAACCAGCCUCCGCAACAGCCGUACCAGCUCGGCCAGGGCCUGCUCCAUAACAUCCAGCAGCAGACGAUCCAGAACCUCCAGCAAAACGGGCCGCAAACCAGGGAAAACAGAACCUUGUACGCCGUGACGCUCUACGACUUCCGUGCCGAGCGUGAGGACGAGUUGGACAUUGUGCCGGGGGAGCAUUUGGUGAUCUGCGCUCAUCACGACUACGAGUGGUUCAUUGCCAAACCCAUCAACCGCUUGGGCGGCCCGGGGCUCGUGCCAGCGUCGUACGUCAAGAUCGUCGAUAAGUACAACCCGCUGGCGCAGAUGGACGCCGGCGACGACAUGGUUUCGGUGAUUUCUCACUUCAAGAUUCCCACCGUCGAGGAGUGGAAAGAACUGACCGCCAUCUACCAGGCCAGCACCCACCCUUCAGGAAAAGCGUCCCUGGCGCCCUCGCAGCUCUCGGACUCGAGAUCCUCCUCCUCCUCGGCCUCCACCUACAUCACCGAGGCCUCGGUGGAUCUGUACCACUUGGCGACUCUGGAAGACAACAGCAGGUACCAGUACGUUGUGACGGCACGCACGCUGACGGGCAAAACGAGGCAGUUGUGCCGUUUCUACGAGGAUUUCUACAACAUGCAAGUGAAGAUCCUCGAGCAAAGAACGAUCCCGGGCUUUCCUGGACCUGUUAUCCACGUUUCCGACAACAUUUCCUCGUUGCGCCGGGAGCGUUUUGACUACUACCUCCGGAACUUGAUUGCCAUGCCGGCAAAUGUCUCUCGUUGCGAUGAAGUAUUGGCGCUUUUCGAAGUGCAAAAUAACGGCUUCGACCGCGAGUUCGUCGACCGUGACCGCUCCCUGAAACCUAUAAAUCAGCAGCUGGGCUACCAGCAGGACAGACUCUCCCAGUACCUGAACGUGCAGCCCCACCUGAGAAGCAGAAGCUCCAAUACGCCUUCGCUGGAGCUGAACAGAGCCGAAAACCGCACACUGGACCCGCGUGUGCUUGAAACGGAAAAACAGCCCAAGGUGAAGGUGAAGUUUUACUAUGAGGACGACAUUUUCGUGCUUCUCUUGCCCGCAAACCUCAGGCUUCAGGAUUUGAAGUCCAAGCUUGCCAAGAGGCUCGGGCUUGAUUCUGGCGAGGCCGACCCUUCGGGCCUUGUGUUCCUCUUCUUGAAGAAUGAGUACGACGACUUUAUGGAUACGAACCAGAUUGCGUCGGAGGUGUUGAGCGAAGAGCAGCGGGCGUUGCUUUUCCACAAGGAAAUCAGCGAGGACGCCAAGUUCCACGAGGUGCUCUACGACAAAACACGUUCCCAGCUGGCCCAGCCAGAGGAAAAUAUCAAAUCAGAUGACAAAUCAGAAAAGAUUACAGCUUCCGAAUUGGCCAGGGCGCUUUUGAAACAACACAAGGUCAAACCCACAGCUCACGUUCAAGAUGUACACAAAGCCGGCAAGCGUGUUAUGGCGAUUGAGAACCUCAUCACGCCUGAAACGCCCAAAAAGGCUGAAAAUGCUGUUACGCCGGAAAGAAGGAGGUCCAGAAGAAGAUAUAAACGCUACGAUGUCAGUGCCAAAAGAAGAGUCAUCAAUCCCCUGCUGGAGCUGGAAGACGAGCCUCCAGUAGAGUUUCCUCUGCAGGUUGUGGAAUUGGAGGAGGGAAGCGAGUCCUUGAGGGAAUUGGAUGCUCAGAUUAUUGGUGAUUUGGAGAAGCAGUUGAAGGAGAGUGGAGACAGCGAGGAUGAGUUUGUGGAGGCAGAGAGUCAGCUAGGGAGGGAGGGUGUUGAUGUCAAGGAGACUGAGGAACUCAAGGAGACUCAGAGAGAAAGAGAGGUAGAAAAGGUCCAGGAGGUUGAGGUGUCGAAGAUGGAGAUCAUGGAUGUUACUGAAGUGGCAUCCUGGAGCAUGGACCUGGAGGUUGAGGAGGUUGAGUCCAGCAAAAACUCUUCAUUUGAGAAGCCCGGCAGCGUGGAUGAAGUUGAGCCUGUUGCGGAGAAGAAGGAGCAGGCUCCAGAAACCAUCAAGAAGUCUGAAGCUACCUCUGGUCCUCAGAAGAAGCAACCUGAGAAGCCCAAAGCCAAGGAUGCGGCUGUCGAAAAGAAUCAUGAUACCCAGCAAUCCAGCGAACUGCCCAAGGUCAACAGAUCCCUACUAGAAGAACGCCUCAAAGCGGCUGCAAAAGCCCAAAACGGCCCUUCCAGCAGCCCUCAAAAGCAGACGGCCGCUGAACUGCCGAAGGUGAACAAAGAGCUCCUCAAAGAGCGUCUUGAGAAAAGCUCCAAAACGUUUGGCAGUCCCGUGGCCCAAAAGGCGCCAUCUGGCAAACUGCCCAAGGUGAACAAGGCGCUUCUCAAGGAAAGACUUCAACAAGAGGCCGGCAAGGAGAAGAAUGGAACCUUCGGAAGCCCCGAUCAGGCUCAGAAGUCUUCUAAACUGCCGAAGGUCAACAGAGAGCUACUCAAGGAGCGCCUUGAAAACAGCAAGAACGCAAAGUUCGGGAGCCCUGGUGCUAAGGAGAAUUCCAAAGAAUCACCAGUGGUGAAGAAGACUCUCUUGAACCAGAGGCUCAGGAAUCUUCGGAAACCUCGCCAACUUCGCCGAGACUCUUCAGGAAAGUGGACCACCAAGGAGGACUCUGACUCGGAUGUGAUUCUACUAGGUGAAAAAGCCGACGUUGGAUCGAGCCAGGAAACUCCCACUCAACCCUCAAAUGUCAGCAAUGACCCAAUAUCCGACGCGUCAAUGUCAGAGUCCGACCAGAUAGAUGACUCUCUCGACGACGACUACAUCGAGAAGAACGAACCCAGCUCAGCGAAGAAACCAAAAACGGCCAAAAUUUCCAAAGAUGUCGAUGACCAUGCUGCUACAGAGGUCUUUGAAACGCCAGCUCGUGUCUCUAAUAGAUAUCCCAUAGCACCAGCGCUGGCACCAGGCCGAGUUAUCUUUGGAUCUCCAUUGCUGGCUUCUUCGACUAUUCCACCUGUCAGCGGAACUUCACAUUUAUCCAGCAGGACGUCUGGAGCAGACAGCCGAGGGACUUUACCUAGUCUGGUUCGUCAAGCACAAAGUCGACCAGACAGCAGCCCUACGCUAUUUAUUUCCGCAGAUUCAUCCUCAUCGAGUCGCCCUUAUACGGCUCCAUCCGUUGCAUCUAGUCCGUACCACAGGGGUCUGAACAGAAACCGGAAGAAGCUUCUCAGUCUGCCUCAACAUCUGCCUAGCUCAAUUGGUGGUCUGAACAGGAACCGGAAAAGGCUCCUUAGUCUGCCACUGCCUGCUUCAUAUAGGCAGAUCCACUCCUCGCAAACCAAUUCAAUGGCCUCGUCACAGGGCAAGGAUAAGUUGAUGGUUCCUGAAACUAGUGUGGUGUUGCCUCCUGGUGUCGUGAUGGAAUCCCUGCUUCUGGAGAAUGACUUUGCAGUGAGAAGCUCUCAAGAAAUUACGGUUAAAAAGGAGAUCAUGUCGCCCAAGCAGCCUCCUACCUCGCAAAGGCCGGCUCCAAAACCGGUUUCAAAGAAAGUGCCACAAAGACCACCACCGCAAACGCUUCCCAAGAAAGUGGGAACUCUUCCUACAUCAGUGAAACCAGCCCUAGCGAAACAGGGACAAAACAAACGCAUCAAGUUGAACCCCAUGUAUCUGAAGCUUACGAGGCCUGAGGCUCAACCAGAAGCUCCACCUCCCAAAUCGCUAGCGCAGCAAUUGAAGGAGCGGAGGGAGCAGCUAGAGAAAUCAGCCAAGGCCCAGAGUGCAUGA